GCGGCUCCGAGGCGCGGCCCCGGCGGCGGCGCCGCUCUGCACCGAGCCGGGCGGCUCUCGGACACGGCCACAAACGCAUGUAGUGGCACCACAGGGAAGCACCAAGCUGCUAGCCACCAGAACAACAGUUGAAUUUCCUAAAAUGUUGUCUUCUAGCUCUCCCCCAGCAUCCACAAGCAUAUCUAGUACUAACCUCAAGGAAGCUUCAGAACCUUCUGUUGAAGAUCUGAGGAUAUUCAUGUCAAGAAAAACCGUGGUUGCGUUUCCUCAGCGAGUGAUUCUUUCCUCCCUUGAGGAAGAAAAGGUCACUGCAACAGGAGGAGACUUGAGGAAAGAGUUAGCUGAAGAAGAAAUGUCUUCAUCCAGCUCAGAUUCAGAUUCUAGCUCAGAUUCCGAAGAAGAGAAAGAUGAUGAUAGUGAUCCAGAAAUUGCCAUUAAAACCAGAGUAGAGUUUCCAAGACGGGAUUCUUUUUUUCCUGAGAACGUAACAGUAAAGGCAUCGAUGCUACCAAAAGAGAAUUUGCCCCCAAAACACCACAAAGAAUAUGUAGCUAAGAAGAAGCCGUGCAGAGUAGAAACUGAUGUCUCCGCUAUCAAGCAGGUCAAGUUUUCUAAGACCUCAAUCAAUCAUAAAACAUUAAAACCCAAAGCAAGAGACCCUAACGUAAAGUCAACUCCCAAAGAAACAGGUCAUCAGAAGGUGAUCUUGGAACCGCACGUGGAUGAAAGUCAAGAUCUGACAGAUGUCACCCUUAAAUCUAGUUAUUUGGGGGAAAAGUCCAAUGGAAGCCAAGCAGCAGCUACUCAGCUGAAAGCUCUGUCAGUGACUCAGGAAGACAAAAAGCAAAAACUGAUGUCCAGAGGGAAAGGAAAAAAGGUAAAGGAGGUACAGGAGUCUGAAGCGGAAGAAAUAGCUAUUCCUAAACUACAAGAGGAGACUUCUGAAAGCACAAUGCUGGAGACGCACACUACAGCAAGGGAUGAGAUCAUUCAGGAAGCAGGAGUCCAAGCUGGAGAAAGAAGCACAAUAGAGGAGACCACAACAGCUGCUCAGCCUGCUCCAGAGGAAUUUGAUAAUUCUACGUACAAGAACCUUCAGCAUCAUGAAUAUGGUAUUUAUACCUUUGUGGAUUCUGAUGUGGUUCUCUCAAAAUUCAGGCAGCCUCAGCCAUCUUCUGGAAGACCGUCACCAAGACACUGAAAGAACCACAUUUAAAAGAAAUGCUCAGGCAGAAUGACAAAUUGUUCCAUUUGCCAAUGUUGCAUUACCUGCUUUAAAAAUCAAUAAAUGUGUGGUAACUUAUGCUAA